AUGCCUAUCGGACAAGCGGUCGGUAACAAAAUCACCUGGACUGAUAGCGCCGACAAGAAGCUCUUGAUGGCCAUGCUCGAGGUGGCUUCUCCCUCCGUGCCAAACAUGGUCGAGGUAGCCAACGUCUUUGGCGAAGGAGCAACACCUAAGGCCCUCAGACACACACGCGCGCGCGGGCGCGAUUUCAAAUCUCCACCGCACGAGAAUUUCAAAGCACACCACAACCUACCUGCCUACACACCUACCCAAAAGGUCACACAAGCCACCAUGCCUUCGGGACUCUCAGAAGGAAACAAAAUCGUCUGGGAUGACGCCGCCGACAGACAAUUCCUCAUGGCCAUCAUCAAAGCCGCAGCUCCCACUCUGCCAAAAUUCGCAGAUGUCGCCGCCAUCAUCGGCAAUGGCGUUACCGCAUCGGCUCUCUCUAACCGCUGGGCUAAGUUGAAGAAGCAAAUCGAAGGAACCGGAGAAGGACGAAGCUCGGCAGCUCCAUCUACGCCUUCGAAGCCAAAAUCGACUCCGUCGAAGGCGAAGGGUACGCCGAGGUCUGCGAGGAAGCGGAAGGCGAAGGAUAUGAGUGAGAAUGGAGAUGACGAAGAGGAGAUGGAGGAGAAGGCGGGCGAGGAUGAGAAGGCGCCUUCUGAGAAGAAGGUCAAGAUCAAGGAGCAGCCUCUGGAUGAGGACGAGGACGAGAAGGAGGAAUGGUUGGUCUAG